AACGUAAAUUCAAAGUUAAGAUAACACAACAAUUGAAGCAAAAAAAUAAUGGAAAAAAUGAUUAAGAAAUUUAUCAUUCUGGAAAUAAUCCUCGGAUUUUAUUUUUUAAAUUUAGUAUCAACCGCUGUUAUACCGAUCAAAAACGAACAUCUUGAAUCUCGUAUUGUGGGUGGUUCAUCUGCAAAACGUGGACAAUUUCCAUAUCAAAUAAUGAUCUACAAAGAUGAUAAAAAACAUUGUGGUGGAUCGAUUUUGGAUGCAAAUCACAUUAUCACAGCCGCCCAUUGCGUAGUGAAAAAUGAUAAAAUUUUGGAUCCAAACAUAUUUGUUGUAAAAGGAGGGGAUGUAAAUUUACUAUCAAAUGAAAUCCAAACAUUCCCCGUUAAAAAAAUCUACGUUCCAAGUAACUAUAAAGCAAGGACAUUCGAUAAUGAUGUAGCAAUUUUAAAACUUACAACUUCAAUGAACUUGGAAAAAGGUGUUUUGGAAAGUGUUGUUUUGGCUGAUCAAACUGUUGAGGAUAAAACAAUUUGUGUGGUGUCUGGUUGGGGAACACAACGACAAAAUACUACUGAAAUGCCGGAUCAAUUGUAUUAUGCGGAUGUGCAAGUGAUUAAUCGAAAAAUUUGUGCAACACGAUAUGAACUUUAUAAUACAGUUAGUACGAAUAUGGUGUGUGCAGGAUAUGACAAUGGUUCCAAAGAUGCUUGUGAAGGUGAUUCUGGUGGUCCAUUAAUGUGUGGAAAUAAGUUAGGUGGUGUUGUUUCAUGGGGAGUUGGAUGUGGUUUAGCUGAAUUUCCCGGUGUGUACACAAAUAUUGCAACACAAAAGGCGUGGAUUGCAACGAUUCUCAAGAAAUCAGACAAAUUAACAAAAUAAUUAUUUCUUUUUUAUUUGUCUAUUUUUAGUCUCUCA